ACUGCCUCAAUUAACCCUCCUUCCACAAUUUAACCCCAAACCCACCACUCUGCUUCUACCAUCAAACCCAGAUCUGCUUCCAUUCCCCUUAAAGGAGUUCCGGGUUGGAAAGCAACACGCUGCAUACAUGAAAGACUGCUUUUAGCCUGAAAGGAGAUGAUAUAAAGAUCGAUGCUCUUAUAGCUAUUGGAUGUUCAUAUCUGAUUGUCUUUUUUGCACUAAAAGAUGAACGGGGUUGAGGGCAUAAGAAUCUAACUAUGGAACUAAGCUGCCAGCAUUGGAUGUGAACAUAAUUGAAUCUCAAUUUGAUGAAUAUGAAACAGGCACUGGUAUAAGCAGUACUCAAACACAGUAUUACAAUGAAGCCUAUUGAUCAAAGAGAGCGCACUGGGGGUCGUAGUGACAUUCACACUCGUCGCCUGAAGAACCGAGAAAGGCAACGUCGAUAUAGGGCUCGGAAGCGUCUUGAAGCAGAAUUGAAAAAUCCCAGCACUAUAAAGCCCUCAACUUCACCAAAUGUACAAGUACAACUUAAUGGAACUGUUAGCAAUUACACACCCCGUGUGUACUGCAAACGGAAUUGGAAAAAGGAUGCAAGGAGAGGUCAUGUUUCUAGGGAUCCUGAAGUUACAGCCAAUGCUUAUGUUGCCCCUACUUUGAUGUCAACCGGUGAGAGUCAAACUGUGUUUCUCGCUGGAACUACAGCAGAAGGAAAAUUUGAGAGUGAAACGUAUUCAGAAGUAUCUGUUGACCGAAAUAACAGUGAAAUGAAUAGACCUAAACUGGGGAGAAGAGAUUGGAAAGCUGAUGCAAGAAAGAAGAAAAACUGAAGCAGCUGACAGUCAACGGCCUAUUCUCCUAUUUUGAUGGAAUGGUAGUUUAUGGAUUCAGGUAGAGAUAACUCCUAGCCAUUCCAUCAAGGAUGGUAACAGUUGUCAUUGUCUGUGUAAAAUUUUCUGCUUCUGCUCUUACUGACAUCUUAGGAAUGGGGAAACUAUGCAGCUAAUUCCUUAGUUGGUGAAUGUUGAAUUGCAGAAAUGGAAGCCCAACAGUGCCAGAAAAUCACUCUUGGACGUAUGUAUUGUUUUAGUCAGAGAAUCAGGUCAGUAUUCUAAAGUAUCAAAAUGUAUGAGUAUUGUUGUUGAAGUAUUGUUAA